AGCAUCUAUAGUAUAGUUCACUAAAGCGGAGUUGGAUUUCGUGUCUUUGGUAUAAUGGUCAAAUUCAGCUGGAGUUUGGGAGUAGACACAGUUGUUUCUCUGGGAUAGAUAGCUGAGAAUAUAUCCUGCCACUUACAGCUGAGGUAUCUUCAUCAUGGAAACUGAAUGCUCAAAAAGAGUGUAUCAGGGAGUCCGGGUCAAGCACACUGUGAAAGAUCUGCUGGCAGAAAAGAGGUCACGGCAGACGAGCGGGCCACGCUACACGGGUGUAUCCUCUCCUCCGAGUCAAUUUGUUCAAAUGGCUGGUUCUCACAUGCUUCCAAGUUACUACGGCAUGAGAAGACCUUUCAUUUCAGACACAGAGUUUUGUUCCUCAACGAAACCAUUUUCUACUGACGUGUACCCCUCAUCGCUAACGGGAAAGUCUCUCUCGUGCGACACCGGAUGCGUGUCUGGUUAUUCCUCUCUUAUAGACAGCUACUACCCGGAGUCUUUUGGAGACUACCGCAGCACACCUUUCUCCAGUGGAGGAAGUACAAUAUUCUCGCCCUCUGCAUUGUCUUCUUUGCUCCCUCCUUACUCCAGUGACCCUUCUCAUUAUUUGCUGAGGGACUCUUGGGAGCCCACGGGGACCGAGGUGGUGGAGGGUUUGUGUGGAGAUGGUCUAGCUCCCAUGCCUCUGUCUACACCCAGUUCUCUGGUCAACCCUGAGACCGCCAGCCCGACUCAGUUCCGCUCAUCUUCCCGGGGUUCAAGCAUGACAUCUUCCCAGUCAUACUCUCUCCAUUCACUGGAUGAAGUCAACUAUCACUCCUCGUUUCAAUCCACGCCUGGCAGUUUUGCUUCCCCUUCAUUCAUGACUGAGCCUGCGACCAAACUAAUGCCAGUUUUACCAUCAGAAGAUACAGAAAGUGCCCCUUCAGCUUUGAGUGACAGUCUGGUAUGGGGGAAGGAGGACACUGGUAGCACUUGGUCACAGUAUGAGGUCAGGAGGGCAUUCUGAGAUUGAACUGUAUAAGGAAGUAAAGGCUUACAAGCCUAGCAGAUCAACACCUCUUCAAAACACAAGACAAUUAGCACUAAAAAAAUGUUUUUGUCAGUUUUCCUUAGCAGAGCUAAGGCUUAACAUUGGGGAACAAAAAAAUACUAUUAUAUCUUAAUGUUUUAUUUGUAUCGUUUAUUAUAAUGGUAUCUUACAUUUUCUAGUCAUCACAAAUUAUAUUGACUCAGCAGGAUAAUUAGGAUAAUAAUCAGUAUAAGGUGUCUGUAUGUCAGAUUUUUUAUUUCUAUGACACAUGAAGUGAUUGUGAGUCUAUUUAAAUGUAUAUUAUCUGCAAAAAUUAAGUGUUAAAAUAUUUAUAGUUGAUGUGUAAUAUCUAGCUAUUCCUACUUCUCUUCUUGUGACUCUUUCAUUCAAAAGAUGUUGUAAAAACUGUCUAAAAGGUAAAUAAACUAGAACUGC